UUUUAUGCAGUGAAUAAAUUGCUAGUUUAUGCAGUAUUUUAUGUCGAUUCAAGUGGGACGGUAUUUAGCUUUUAUAAUCAGAAAAAAGAUCAGAAACAAGAAAAGAAAAAAGUUUCGGGCAAUAAUAGAGUAUUACUAGUUUAUGGUGAAAAAACUGAAUUUUCUAUGUUGGGUCAGGUAACGCUGGGUCAAGGUUAAGGUUAGGUUAUAUUUGUGUCGGAAUCAAACGAACGCGUCGGCAAGUUGAGGCAGUUUGAUUGGUACUUACCGUUUCUAAAGCUCUAGAAUCGACACAAUUUCACUGCAGUACGAAUCGUCUGAUGGCGCGCUGCUAACGGCCAAACUGGACGUAAUUUCGAGUACAGUUGGCAACACUGAAGUCACUAUGACCACGCGACUUGAAAUUUGUGCGAAUUCAAGGGGAUUCCUCGAUUUUCGCGCGCGUAACUAAUUUGAAUAAACGUAAUAUCGACUUAUUUAAAUUCAAUGAAAUAAUUAGGAUUGAAUUCUCACUACUAUAAAAAGUCCCUGAAAUAGAAAUUCCCGUUUACAAAUGUGAGCAAUGGGCGUAUAGAACACUGGAAGAAGAGCCCCAUUAUAUCAUACGCUUAUCACCGCUCUGACGUAUCUGAUUUCCUGAUUAGCCGCGAACUGCUAGUCACUAUCGAUAUCGUGCAAAUUAUCAACAAUUGCGUACAGGCUGACAAAGACAUCGAACAAAAUGAGUGCUGGGCCCAGCAUCUGUCACAUUCUGGAUUUUCCCAAUGAAAUUUUGAUGAAAAUUAUCUUCCAUUUGAAUGCCAGAGAGCGUGUGCCUUUGGGUAAUUCAUGCAAGAAAUUACACAGUCUUAUAUUUGAAGAGAAAAAAUUAUUAAGGAAUUUAGAUUUUUCCAAAGACGGGCGCCUGACAUCAGUUUCUGACAUCCGUCAAUAUUUUGACAACAGCAAAGCAAGCAGGUACAUUCAGAGAGUAAAUUUGAGAAAUGUAAAUUUUAUAGAGCCGGAGCAGAUGCUUAACAAUUACAUCGGCAAUGCAGUGAACAUAGUUGACUUAAACAUAAGUGGCACAAGAUUUGAAGACGUACAGGGGUUGGGAUAUUUCCUAAAGUUAUUACCACAUGUAAAGAGACUCUCUAUCGACUGGCCAAGACAAAUGGAAGAUAACGCUGAACCUUGCUGCAAGGAUCUACGAGGGCCUUUUAGCAAACUCACGUAUUUGUCAAUACAAAUAUGGCAUCCACCACAUACAAAAAAGUUUGUCCGAUAUUUACAAAUGUGUCAACAACUCAAGGAGCUACGCAUGAUUGGAAGGAAAUCCUGCUAUGUUCCUGCAACAGACGACCUUCCGUGCUUCGGACGAAAACAACUUAGGAGUCUCGAAAUCAUUGAAUUUUAUGGACACUGCUGCGGCCCCGAGAAGAGAUACUUCAUGACUUUGCUUCCAGAACUUGAGAAAUGGACUGAUUUUCACGUUCCCAAGUAUUACAUUCAGAACGGUUUUUACUUUGAAAAAAACGUGCCAGUUGCUAAGAAGCUAUGCAAGACAAAUUGGAUGAAUCCUCGAAAUAUUCACUUCAGCAGCUAUUGUGAAUUUGGCCAGUCUGUGCUCACAGAACGCAUUUUGAUAGAAGUGAUUAAAGUCACCCAUAAAGACCCGCCAAAAUGUUACUGUUGUUUAUCUCUACUUCAUCAGACAGACAUAUGUGUUAUCAAGAUCGAGGAGGCAAAGCGACUGCUGAAAGAUCCAAGUUAUGAACUUUCGUAUUUACGUAUCAAUCAUAACAUAAAAACAAAUUGCGAUGCGCAUUUAGUCGUAUCCGCUUUUCCAAAACUCACCGAGCUCAUUUUAUCCAACAUAACAAAAGUAUCGGGUUUUGUACACUCUCGGAAACAACUGAAGAGAAAAUAUAAUAAGGCAGUUAAACAAGAGGGUUAUCUGGUCAACAAAAAUCUAGAUUCAUCUUUUAGUAUGAUUGUUCAGAAUUCGCCUCACCUUAAACACCUGACGCUGGAUACUAAUAACAGCACGAUCGAAUAUGAAGAAAUGUGGGACUUGAACGCUCUGCACCUAAUCUCAGGUUGGACAAAUCUCAGAACCUUACGUUUGUCAUCGGUACCAAUCGAGGACGGUAUUUUUCUCACUGAAAUCGGAAGGGCAUGCAAGCAUUUGGAGAUAUUAGACUUGUACGAUCUCGGUCCCGGGGAUGUUUGCUGCUACAUCGAUGAACUGUGUCAAAUGAUUGCUGACCUCAAAAACCUGAGAGAAUUUAGAAUUCAUCAGGACAACAUUGGCGAAGUAUCUCGAAUUUUCGUAUCACUCGCCAACAAUGUGCAACUCAGGAAAGUUGACGUGAUAAGUGAUGGCGAAAAUACCACCACGAAUAAUUUAAUACCCUCUAUCGAACACCUGCUUCAAACUUGUUCAAAAUUAACUACAUUCCAAUGUAUAAUUGACGAAAUAUCCGAAGCCGAUUCUGUAAAGCUGUCGACCAUGUUGAGAAGUUUCAAGUGCAAACCUGGAAAGCUCGAUUUCCAAUUCCAAGUUGUUUGGUCUAUGGAUCUGAUAAUGGAUGAUUCUGAAUGGAUGAUGAAAGAAGACGUCAUAACUGAGGACGCCCGGCUUGUGAACUUCCCCUGCGACAUGAGCAUGCCACAUCAUCCAUAGAGUGCAAAAAAUGCAGCGAUUCUACUCGUGCUUACAGUGGAAUGUCAUUGAAAAUUAACUUGUUUUUAGACUUAGGUAAAUAUGCAAUCAAUAAUCAACUAUCGCGUAUCAAUUAAAUCGAAAUAUAAAUACACAAAAACUAUUCUUAUAGUGUUGUCCAGUGGUCUUAGAAAUAUCCUUAAAUUUUUCUUGUGUCAUGGAAAUAUUCUAUUUUUAAAGUUUACCGCAAAUGAUUUAUUUAUUUGUGUUCACUGAGUAACUGUUUUUAAAUUGUCGAUUCCCACCUCGAAUCGUGUUUACCGUUUUCCCUACUAACAGCUCGUAGUAGAAAUAACGUAUACCUCGUACGUCGUACUGAUUAUAUACAGUACGAUCUACCAUUUUAUACACCUGGUUGAUCGGACUAUAUUUUCUGAUUUCUCGACAUCUCAAUUAAUCAAAAGAAUGUUAAGUCUCACCGUGAUAUUUUGUAUAAAUAAAAAGAGGAAUAGGUAAAGCAAUCACGCAUGCGCCGGAAAAAUAACAGCUUCACUUCCCUGCAUCAACGGCUACAUGAAGUUAUCGCAAAGAGUUCGAAUGACCGCUGAUGACAAAUUUUUCGUCUUAUGAUCGCGAACAUAGAUUACUCUUCUAGUUAAAAAACAUCGGGAGUGGAUUUGAGAGUCACGAUUCACGAAAACUUUUUCCUCACGAGGUGAUAGCAACAAACUACUGCAAACUGCAUCGUUACUACGUAUUGCACCGAUACCUGUUUAAUAUAAGCGUGUGCAUCGGCAAUAUUCAAAGUUCGUUAGCAAUACUUGUGCAAGGCGCGGUUUUGACUAAUCGAAAUGGGGACUCAAAUAUCGGAGUAUUUGAUGAUGUACCUACGGAAUCUGAGAGAAUUCACAUUUCACGAGAAAAACCUUGGAAAGGUAUCCAAAGUAUUUUUCGGGCUUAAUACAAAUCCAGAAAUCAGGAAAGUUAGUGUUAAAUCUGAUGAAAAUCUGCUUCAUCACUGCUCAAAGUCGGCAGUAUUUUUCUGUGUUUUCGACGGCGUAAACCAAGCAUACAAUGACGAGCUUACAUACACUUUGCAAAAGUAAAUUGAAAAAUUGUGUUCCAAGUCACGCAAAAAUGUGAAUUAGUUACACUUUCGUUUCACAUGUAUCUCCUCUCGUUUUGCAGAUCAAAAAUUCUGUUAAACCGACUGAAUUUCUAGUUUUAAGUUAUUACUGAUAAGUAUUUGAUAAAUAUUGUGUACGAAGACUUCUCACCGCUCAAAUUUCCACAUAAAUUAUAUUGACAUUAUUGACUAAAUCUGUUACGAUGUAAAAGUACCCCUACUACGCAUAGAUCUUUGGAUAAUCAUUGUGAAGUUUUAGUUACAGAAAAAAAGAUUCUAAAAUUUCACACUAAAAAUCAAGAUAAGCAAAUGUGAUAAGACUGAUUUCUUUAAAUGAAAAUAAAAGUAAAAACAUGUUUUCACGCAAUAAUUAUCCCUAUUAUAAUCAUUGUAUUUAGUAGACGCUUAACAUAUUAUUAUUCAUAUGUUAUUACGUGUAACAGCGGCGUUCUUUAUAUGGUUAA